AAUUGUCUCUCUUUUUUUUUUUUCAGCUGUAUUGGAGAUUAAAGCUGCUUUUUUCUUCCAAGCAUCAAAUAACUCUUCUGCCUCAGCUUAUGCAGUAAAACAGUUUCUAAAGUCCUUUGGACUUGGGUAUGAAAAGAUUCAUGCUUGUCGAAACGAUUGUAUCCUAUUUUUCGAGGUGACUUCUUGAACCAAGAAUCAUGUCAUGUGUGUGGGGCUUCAAGGUGGUCAUCAAAUGUUGAUGAGAAUGCUCAAGUUGAAGAAUUGGGAAGUGAGAGGAAGCAAAAAAAGAAACCUGCAAAAAUAUUGCAUUAUUUUCCUCUUAUCCCAAGGCUCCAAAGAAUGUUUGUCUUCAAAAACAUCUUCUUCUAUGAGGUGGCAUUUUGAGGGUCGAAGAAAGGACGGCUUAAUGAGACACCCGGCAGAUUCUUUACUGUGGAAGUCAUUUGAUGCUCAACACAAGGAUUUCUCCUCUGAUGCCCAUAAUAUUAGGCUUGGUGUAGCUAGUGACAGUUUCAAUCCAUUUAAACAUUUAAGCAGUGUCUAUAGCAUAUGGCCUGUAGUUCUCAUCCCAUACAAUUUACCAACAUGGCUUCGCAUGAAACAGACAUCAUUCAUUUUGUCUAUGAUAAUUCCAGGGCCAAAGGGUCCUGGGAAUGAUAUUGAUGUUUAUUUGCAGCCAUUAGUGGAGGAGUUAAAGCUAUGGGAUAGUGUUGAUACCUAUGAUGCAACUUCUAAGGGAACUUUUAAAAUACAAGCGGCCUUACUUUGGACUAUUAGUGACUUUCCUGGCCUUUCCAUGUUGUCUAGGCAAAGCACUCAAG